AUGAGUACAACUCCUGAACCAGCUUAUUUUAAUAAAUCUGCGUAUAUAGCAUUAUCAUGUUUAAUUGCUUUUGCUGUUGUUAUAACAAUAUGUGUUAUUAAACAAUUUAUAUGGGAUCCAUUAUUAUCUAAAAGAUUUGAAGUUCUUCGACCAGUUCUAUCAGAAUCUGUUCGUAAAUUGUCAUCUUCAUUUUAUCGACCAUCGUCAACAAAUACUUCACUUUUAUCAACACAUCAAUCAUUCUCUGAUAUUUCUAUUAAAACAAAUGAUCCACCAGUAUUAUCACGUAAAAAUUUAAUAACCAUGACACAGAGUUUACCAUCCGAUGGUAUUCAAGAUGCAUCAAAAACUAAUAAACUAUCUGGUCGUUCUUAUGGUUCAUCAUCAUCGAAUACUUAUGCAUAUACAAAUUAUGGUUCUGGUCCUUUAGAUGAUGAACAAACAAAUAUUCCAACUUUAUUUUUUAGUUUUCAAUAUAAUCCACCAUUAAAAAAUAUAAAAUUAAAUAUACAAAAUUUACGUUAUAUGAAUAAAAUUAAUAAUGCAAUAAAUUACAAUGCUUAUGUAUUAAUUCGAUUUUUUAUAACACCAAAAAUAAUUGAUAAAUCACAUGAAACAUCACCACAACGUUGUCAAGAUUGUAUUCGUUUCGGUGAAGCAUUUAUUAUAUUAAGUAAUAUUCAACCAACAGAUAUACUUAAUUAUGAAAUAAAAUUUUCCAUUAUAUUAAUAACAGAUGGAAAUAUGUAUGAAAUAGCUAGUGCUAUUUAUUCAAUGAAAGAUGAUUAUUUAACAAAUGUUUUAUUUAUUGAAAGAACAUUACCAUUGAAUUUUAAAUUAAUUGAAAGUGAAAUGAACUAA